UGUUGAGAUCUUGUGAUGUUCACCGCGCAUGCGCGAACACUUGUCCCCGAGCCUUCGCGCCAAGCGGAGAUCGCGAGACAUCUCCGCUUAGCGGCGCCACAGACGCGCGAAACAUCGCGAAUGGGUUCAAAACUAACCAAAUAAAAGUUCAAACGACUCGAAACAUGUUGCUGAUCGAGAAACUGCUGGUGGUUAUGUUUUGCGUCUUAGAAGCCGACGCGAAAGGAGCAAUCUACUUGACGACUAAAAAUGGAACAUUUCCAAUAACGCUGACAUCCUUGAAGUCCCGCGACGGCACUAUAGCGGAAGGCACUCCGAAGAUUUUAUCCGCGGCCACUAAAAACGUUUCCCGCGACGACAGCGACGACUACUGGGACACCAGUUCGCAGGAACUCUUGCUCUCGAAUUAUAUUAACGACACGUACGACUCGAUAACUAACGAUGCUUGGAGGAGGAACGCGAAGAGGAGCAUCAACGACGCGGUGUCCAAAAACAUUACUCUGGUUCUAGAGAAUCUGCUGAAGAAUUACGAGAACUCUCAGCUGCCGACGCAUGGAAAAGGAUACCCUACCGUAGUCCAGACGAACAUCUUGAUAAGGAGCAUGGGACCUGUGUCUGAACUAGAUAUGGAUUACUCUAUGGACUGCUACUUCAGGCAGUACUGGCGGGACACGCGCCUCUCGUUCCUCGGGCCAAUCCGCUCUCUGUCGCUUUCGAUUAAAAUGCUCGAGCGCAUCUGGCGGCCCGAUACGUACUUCUACAACGGGAAGCACUCUUACGUACACACCAUUACUGUUCCGAACAAGCUGCUGAGAAUCAGCCAGCAUGGCGACAUUCUUUAUUCGAUGAGACUAACAAUCAAAGCGAAGUGUCCUAUGGAGCUACGCAACUUUCCCAUGGACCGGCAAUCAUGCCCUCUAAUCCUUGGCAGCUACGCCUACUCAAACCAGCAGUUGGUAUACCAGUGGCAGAAUUCUGAGAGCGUGAACUUCGUUCCCGGCAUGACGCUCUCCCAGUUUGACCUCAUCAGCUUUCCUUAUAGAAACUUCACCUUCACCAGGAGAGAAGGGGAUUUUUCAGUGCUCCAGGUGUCGUUCAACCUGCAACGGCACACGGGUUACUUCCUCAUCCAGGUGUAUGUGCCCUGUAUCCUCAUCGUUGUACUCUCCUGGGUGUCCUUUUGGAUUCAUCGUGAGGCGACCUCAGACCGGGUGGGCUUGGGCAUAACCACUGUCCUGACGCUGUCGACCAUCAGCCUGGACUCGCGGACGGACCUGCCCAAGGUGCGGUACGCCACGGCCCUCGACUGGUUCCUACUCAUGAGCUUCUUCUACUGCAUCGCCACGCUGCUGGAGUUUGCUGGGGUGCACUAUUUUACUAAGGUCGGUUCAGGUGAGAUAGUGAUCGACGACUCGGAAUGGGAGGAGCUGAUAGAGGAGGUGGGGGGCGACGCGUUCGCGGCACGCCAGCUGGCCGUGCGCCGGCGCAGCUCGGCUCGCUCUGUCACCAACUAUAGCUUCUCCUUACCGGCGGCGAGCCACGAAGACGGCGGCGCGUCCCCGAGCUCGCCGGCGGGCGGCGGCGCCGUGCGGCUCACUAUGGAGCGCACCACGCAGACCGAGACCCGCGUGCCGCGCUGGCGCCAGCUAUUGUACUGCCUCGCCGGCGACGACCGCUACCGCCGCCAGAGACAGCUGGAAGCGGGCAGUCGUGGCCACAUCAACAGCGUGUCGCACAUCGACAGGGCUGCCCGAGUGCUGUUUCCUGCUUCGUUCGCGCUUCUCAACCUGUUCUACUGGAUGAUCUAUGCGUUCUCCAGUGCCGACUUUGCUUGGAGCGACAACCCUAUCAAUACCCUUUCUCAUUAAUUGGGAUUAGGAAUGUUUUAAUUGUCAAUAAGGUUCAAAAUAGUAGUAGUAAACUAUAUUUCGCAUUUGCGACUUCCGUGAAAAAUAAGGAAAAUCACGUGAGAACUAUUAUGUAAUUUAAAUUAAUGAAAUGAUUUACUAAAGAUUAAUAAUAA